CCCCUGAUUCACUGCGCGCCGAAGUGCUCUUUGUUACGAAUAGCAAAUCUUCUGUUCUAGACAGCUGUUGAUAUCUUCUUCAUAUUCUAGCAGCGUAUGCUUGUAUCAUUGAAGUGGGCAAGAUCUGCGUGGCUCCUAAUGCUAUUUUGAAGGAUCCCUCGAAAUAUACCACAUACGAUCGAACAUGCGUUUAAGGGAUCUCUCGCCAUCUGCGGCGCUUCUCGCGACCCUCCUCGCAGCUCCAGAGCUAUCUGCUGCCUUCUACCUGCCUGGAGUUGCGCCAACAACAUACAAGCAGGGUGAUACAGUUCCUUUGAACGUCAAUCGUCUUACUCCUGUGGGUUCAAAUACAGAUGGACAGCUACGAUCAGUGGUCUCGUUUGACUACUACCAUCCAGCGUUCCAUUUCUGCCGACCAGACCCUCAACCGGAAUAUGUGUCAGAAAGUCUGGGUAGUAUAUUAUUCGGCGAUCGAAUCAUGACAUCUCCGUUCAAGCUGGAGAUGAUGAAAAACGACACUUGUAAACGACUAUGCGAUCCGGUGAAAUUUGACCAGAGCUCGGCGCAUUUCGUGAACAGAAGGAUAGCACAGGGGUUUGCCUUGAACUGGCUGGUGGAUGGAUUGCCCGCUGGGCAACUGAUCGAGGAUGAGGUUACGAAUACCAAGUUCUAUUCUCAGGGAUUUGCGUUGGGAAGCAGCGACGACAAAGAGAUGCACAUGAAUAAUCAUUACGAUAUCCUGGUCGAUUACCAUGAGUUGACUGGGGACCAAUAUCGUGUAGUUGGAGUGAUUGUGCAACCAAGCUCGAGGAAGACACAGCAAGAGGGUAAUGGAGAGGGCGUCAAUUAUCAAAAUCAUUGUGGAACAGGAGGACCGCCAUUGACCUUGGACGAGAAUGGAGAAACAGAGGUCACUUUCACCUAUAGCGUUUACUGGAUGCCUUCUACUACUGCCUGGGCCACGAGAUGGGACAAGUACCUACAUGUUUUCGACCCCAAGAUCCACUGGUUCUCCCUUAUCAACUCGGCAGUCAUUGUGGUCUUCUUGACCAUUACAGUUGUUUCCAUAUUGCUGCGAGCAUUGAGAAAAGACAUCGCGAGAUACAACCGUCUUGACUCGAUCAACCUCGAUGACUUAUCAGGGACAUCUGCAGCUAUUGAAGACGGAGUGCAAGAGGAUUCUGGAUGGAAGCUGGUUCAUGGAGACGUCUUCCGUACGCCAGGCUCUCCUCUUAUCCUAAGUGUCUUCCUUGGCAAUGGUGCCCAGCUGUUCGUUAUGACUGGCUUCACAAUUGCAUUUGCUCUCCUGGGUUUCUUGUCACCAUCCAACCGCGGCUCCCUCGGAACGAUUAUGGUCCUCCUCUACACUGUUCUAGGAUUCAUUGGCGGAUAUGUUUCGGCACGAGUCUACAAGUCGUUUGGCGGCGAACGUUGGAAGCUCAAUAUUGCUCUCACACCUCUUCUGGUUCCAGGCAUUGUUUUCUCCACAUUCUUCCUGCUCAACCUCUUCCUCUGGGCGAAGGAGUCCUCCGGCGCUGUUCCGUUCACCACAAUGCUCGUUAUAGUCGGUAUUUGGUUCUUGAUAUCCGUUCCCUUAUCCUUCGCCGGAAGCUGGGUUGGUUUCCGUCAACCACCUAUUGCAGCCCCUGUUCGCACCAACCAGAUCCCUCGUCAAAUUCCACCGAGCACUACCUACAUGAGACCAAUUCCAUCCAUGCUUCUCGUGGGAAUCCUUCCUUUCGGGGCUAUCUUUGUCGAGCUUUACUUCAUCAUGUCGUCCAUUUGGUUCAGCAAGGUGUAUUACAUGUUCGGAUUCCUUUUCCUUUGCUAUGGGCUUAUGAUCAUCACGUGCGCGGCUGUCACCGUCUUGAUGGUCUACUUCCUGCUUUGCAGUGAGAAUUAUCAUUGGCACUGGAGAGCAUUCUCGACUGCUGGUGCAUCGGCAGGAUAUGUCUUCUUGAAUGCACUUAUCUAUUGGGUCACAAAGUUGCAACUUGGGGGGCUUGCUGGUAGUGUACUGUACAUUGGAUACAGUGCGCUGAUCUCUUUCCUCUUCUUCAUUCUUACUGGCUCCAUCGGCUUUUUCGCCAGUUGGGCUUUCGUGCAAAAGAUCUACGGAUCUAUCAAAAUUGACUAGAUAAUAUGGUAGGAAAAGGCGAAGCCAUGAGGAUCUAGAUGCAGAGAAGCGUCGAUUCAAGUUUGGGGGAAAAUGUUUAUGUACAAUACUAUGGAUUGCGGCUUUCAAAGAGCAUUUUUGCGUGCACGGUGUGCGAGGCGUCUGCUGGCACUUUCGAUAUGUAUGUUAGGCAAGGCAGCAUGUUAUUGACGAUACAACUAUGCGAAG